AUGGACCACGACAGACACGUUCCUGGCUUGGACGACGAACAAGAACACCGCCGAGGGAACAACGACCCAGAGGAUGGCGAUCAGGAAGAGCUCACAGACCCACCUAGCCUCCAUGAUGACGACCAUAGUGACGACGACGACAGUGAUGGCGAUCACAGUGAUGGCGACCACAGUGAUGAUGACGACGACGACAGUGAUGGCGAUGGGGGUGAAGGCGAUGGGGGUGAAGGUGAUGGGGGUGAAGACGAUGGGAGUGAAGGUGAUGGGAGUGAAGGUGAUGGGAGUGAAGGUGAGGCGAGAGACGACUUGCUGAACGUCCAAGCGCCCCCGCCCGUCCCGGUUCGGGGUCCUGGUUUGCGAGCGCCACGUGUGCAGCUGCCCCCCGACAUCCCGCCGAUCUUCGGUCUGUUCGGACCGGUUGAACCCCCGGCACCGGGGGCUCCGGAACUCCUGCCACUGGCGGCUCCGAUGUUUCCGCCCGUGGUAGGCCAGGUGUUAGGCGGUCGAGGUCCCGUCCUCGCUGCGUUGGGUCCGGAAGGGCCACUCUUUGAGGAGCGGCCUGGGGGUCCGGUGGUGCGGGCGGUGCCGAGGCGGUUGGGUCCGGCGCCCGAGGAGGACGGGCCGGCGUUGGCCUUUGUACCGCGCGCGGCCCCGUUUCAGCGACGCGGGCGACGCGGACGGCAGCAACAGCAGCGCAUCGAGCAGCCGGUCGCGCCCGAGCCGGUUGCCGGCGUCAAGACAGACUCGCCGUGGCUCGCCGCAAGGCCAGACCAGCCGCGCGUGCGUCCGUCCUUCGCGGUCAGCUACGACAUCUACCCACGCGCGGCGGACACUGUCAGCACGCUCGCGCUAUGCCAGUCGCACAUCUCCUACCUCCUCACCGGCGAACACGCGCCCGCCGCGCCCGAAGAGGCCAAGCCCUGCCGACGUAAAAAACGGCCCGGCGCGGUCCGGGCGAUGGAGUCAGAGAUGGAGGCGGAUAUACCGGCUGCGGGACGCCGGAGAGCAGGGGCGGGUCGAGUGGCGGCGGCGGCCCGACCGGUGGAAGAGGCGCCGGCCACGACGGCCGCGGAUGCGGAGGCCGCGGCUGCGGAGAGGCCCCGGUUUGCGUUGCUGGCGGAGGGGUUGGAGAGUGGGAGUGACUUUGCGUCGAGUUCGUCGGCGGCGAGUGAGGCGGCGGAGGGUGUGUCUGGGCGUGGUGCUUCACGUUCGCUGGCGGGGUUCCCGCGGUUGGGCGAGCGGCCGCCGGUGGUGUUGGGGUUGAGGGCGGCUGUGAGUUUCCCGGUGCCGGGAUCGCCAAUGUUCUGCGGUCGUGACAUUUCGCGGGACAAGAUUUUGGUGGUUGCGGAUGCGGAGACGUGUGCCCGUUGGCGUGGUUACGCAAGUUGUGUGUGUGGACAAUGUGCGCGUCUGACUGGGUCGCGCGGGUGCGGGUUGGUUGGUGUGUACCAUGGACGGUACAAGCGUGCUUCGGAAAUUUUCCGCAAGGCGUUGGUUGUUACGAGUAUCGGCACACUCGUGCGUUGUCUACCGGACCCCUAUGAGUGCGUCACGGCGAACCCCUUCGAGUCUGUCGGGUGGACGACAGUGGUGGUUAACGAGGAGGUGUUGCCGCCGAGCAUAUCGCAGAGCCACGUGGCGCUCGCACGUCUCCGCUGUCGUCAGUGGUUCGUGGUGCGCCCGCUGGCGCGUGUCCAAAGCUGUCUGCAGCCGCAAGGCUAUCCCGCCUUCGUGCACGACUUGGUCUCGAUCAACCGCACUACGCCGAACGCCGACCAAUUCUCGGUCGGCCGCCGCGGCGUCCACGCCGAGGGGCCCCGAUACCAUGCUGCGCACCACGGCGCCUGGCUCGUGCCCUACGCCGCCAGCUCCGGUGCGGGCGGACUCUGCAGCCACUGCGCCAACCUGCCCGGCGCCGGCGCCGCAGUGGCGGCCGGUUUCCCAGCCGCGGGCGGGCGGUCGUGUCCACAGGCGCGCGGCCUGUCGCAGUUCCUGCACGACUUCGCUACGCUCGUGCCGCCGAA